ACUGCUCUCCUCUUCCUCGCCGUGGCGGCUGCGGCGACGACGAUACCUGGAAAUAACCUCGCGUCGCCCCAUGCGAGGCAGCUCCGUGUGUUCCGGUGUGCUAUGCGAUCGCCAGGUUACAACUAUUUAUAAAACCAGCUCGCGACCGGCGUAUGCCCCUUAAGAUGAUAGAGCGAACUUCCCCGCGGCCACUUGGACCCGCACCGUUCCGUCUUUCUGGGAUUAAUUGAGAGGAGCCACGGGAAUCGCCUCUGAUGGAGCGGUCCCGUUUGUGAGACUUCCAGCUGCCGACCCGUCACGCUAAACAUGGCCGUCCUAGGACCACAACUUGUCAUCACCCUCGUGGUGGUCAGCGUCAUACAAAAGCUGAGUCCGCAUUUCUCCUUCGCGAGAUGGAUCCUGUGUUCCACGGGGUUGACGCGGUAUCUGUAUCCCACAGAUCAGCAGCUUAGAGCAUUAGCCGGCGUACCGAGGGAGAAACCAAAGAGGGGGAGGUACAGCGAGAACGGCAAAGUAGAUGUGUUUCACGUCCCGAGAAAUCUGGAUAUCACGCUUGAAAGUGCGAAAAUAACUACCCUCGACGUGGUGCACUUGAAAUACUACACCGAGUAUCAGUGGCUAUUGGACUUCUCUGUAUACGCCAUCGUUGUUUAUGUAAUGACUGAGGCGUACAAUUAUCUGUAUCCAAUCAAAGACGAGAUUAAUCUCAGUAUAUUGUGGUGCGUGGUGGUUUUGGGCUUUGCAUUUAAAGUACUACUUUCCCUUUGGGUACAGUAUUUCAAAGGCGAAGAAAGCGAUGGUGAAAGAUCUACGUGCAUUGUCACUGGAUUUGCGUAUCUUCUUAUUGCCAUGAUGGUACUCAUAGUUGAUGAAAAUAAAUUGGAAAUUGGGUUGGAGAAGGCGUACACAAGUUUUAAUCACAGUGCUUCCCGGUUUUUAGACACUCAAGGGCUUUCUUCGACGGGACCAGCCUCGAAAAUUGUCUUAAAGUUUUUCCUUGCUAUAUGGUGCGGUUUAUUGGGAUCUUUGUUUACCUUCCCAGGAUUGAGGGUAUCAAAAAUGCACUGGGAUACGUUGAGGUAUUAUAAAGAUCACAAGUUAUUGUUGCUAAUAGCAAAUAUUAGCUAUGCAUCGCCGCUUAUAUUAGUGAGCCUAUGGAUCACGCCCAUAACUAGAGAUUUCUUAAGUGUUGGGACAAGUGGUUCGAUACUGACAGUAGCACGGUUUGAAAGCUUGAGGUUGAUUAUUAUUGUUGUUGCCGGUUUAUUAAAAAUUGUACUCAUGCCAAUAUAUCUGCAAUCUUAUUUAAAUCUCGCUAUUCAGAAAUUAGAGAUUCAGAAGAAAGAAGCUGGCAGGAUAACUAACGUUGAUUUACAAAAAAAGAAAUUUUGUUUGUUACAGAUUGCAGCUGUGUAUUAUUACCUAUGUGUAGUGGCGCUACAAUUUGUUGUUCCCAUCAUUAUAUGUUUAUUUUUUACAUUUUUGUACAAAACACUAGGUGGUUUUACCUGGGAAGGCAUCUUGAAGGGAACUUUGGAGGAAGAGUGCCCAGCGGACGAAUUACCGAGGUCACUGUCAUCUACUGUUAGCACUGAUAAUAUCGACAAGACUGUUAUACAAACUGAAGAAGUUCAACUUGCGUUAGGUUCAUUAAAACAGAUAUUUACUACAGAUGUGUACAGAGGCGUUUUAGGCCUGGCGACAUGGUGGAGUUGCUUCGCGUUAUUUGCAACCAGUGCCAUGGGCAUGGCUUAUCAGUCGUACUUCUCGAACAUGUGAAAUGGUCUAUUUGGAAAAAAAAAUCCAAACGUCACAUCGCACAAGUCUUCAUCAAUUCAUAAGAUCAGCCAUUCAUUAUAAUAGCAUUGUCCAUUGAAAUGCGUAUUUUCAGAUUACCUAUUUUAAUGCCUAUCGCCAAAUAAUUAGGAUAACAGUUAUCCGUAAGAUUUUAUAAUGCGCGUAUGGCAAUAAAUAAUGUCACAAUUGUAAAUAGACACUUUGGGACUUAAAUCAAAACGAAGAUCGUGUUAAAAACAUUAUUGUGGUAUAAUAUACGUAUUUUAACAUGCUAUUCAUAUGAUGUACAAAUAAAACAAUUAAAUUAGUA